AGACAUGCUGGUCUCCUAGUGCCUUUUCAGAGAUCUUGAAUAAGCUUUUUCUGCUUCUCCACCCUGGUGGGUUCAUUGGCGCGAAGCACACUGGGCAACGAACCCUGCUGUUGCCCCCCUUGGGCCCUCUGUGCUGGCAACAGUUCUUGGCGUCCCUGCGUGGGCUCGAGGCUGAAAUUUAGCCUUGCCCGGAUCCCUCCCAGCGGCAGACGGGUUGCGGCGACGACUGACGCCCAGCGCGCACCGGUGACUUCAUCGGGGGCCUUGGCGGAGACGCGGUUUGAUCGACCCCGGGGGGGGCACAACAGUGCAACGCGCUCGGAUAGUGGAGAAGCGGUUGCGGGCGACGGUGCGGAACCGGUCCCUUGGAUAAGGUACACCAAAGAUUCACAGCCUCUUCCGCUGGAUGCCCCAAUCCACUCCUUGCAGCCAGGCGAUUCCGUACUCGUUCGGACUUGGAAGGACGAACCGCUCCAAGAGAAGUGGAAGGGACCCCACACCGUCCUGCUUGUUUCCCACAUGGCGGCUAAGGUUGAAGGGCACAAAAACUGGAUUCAUCACUCUCGCCUAAAAGCAGUGCCCGCUCCUGAACAGUGGACCAUCCAGCCUGCUGAAAAGACUUCCAGCGACGAUCUGGGACUUAAACUGUUAUUUAAGCGACAAUAAGGUUUGCUGGGAAUGCCGUGUGUUCCCUUUGGACAGCCGCAGCGCACUCUCCGCGAGAACUCCGAGCAUUGGUUGUGUUUGUUUUCAGGUGGCCAGCCUAACCUAUUGGCCUGGUCCCUUUUGUUUCUAAUCUGUCUGCUGUUGGUGAUUAUUGUUUUGUGGGCGUUUGGGGAAUUGUAAUUACAGCAUGGGCUCAGAUCCAGGGUCUGCCACCGUGUUACUUUUUGCCAUGGGAGCAUUCCUCUCGUUAACUCCCGUUUCCCCCCAAGCACAUGUGGGAUGGAGAGGAAUCCCUAACAACUUGGAAACAAACACAUUUGAGGCCCUGAAAGUUGCCUUUGCCCGUGAGUUUAAUCUCUCCAACUGUUGGAUAUGUUCUCAGAUCGCUCACCAUUCGGCAGGGUUGCCAUGGAGAGCGGUUCCCCAAAAUUGGUCUGAUAUUUGCCAGCUAUGGCAAGCCACAAAUGGCUUCCAGUACUCCCCACCCAUCCCAAGAAUUGCCCCUGGAUGGCCUACUCUAGCUGCAAACUGUUCCAAGGAAGCCCAGUUUAGCCUCACCAAUUAUCCUUGGAAACCCCUCUGGAAUCAAGCCAUUAUCCCUCAGCCCAUCAGGCUUCGUGAUGUUCCCCCUGGCCUCCUCUGUCAUGCACAAUGUAGGACGGCCAACCACACAUGGUUCGCUGGUAACAGCACCUGUCAAUAUUAUUUGACCCUGACCGCUAACGUGUCCAUUCCGGUUUAUGAUAGCUCCGGACAGGACUCCGGGGAAGGGCUUGCAUAUUGGACCCCCGCAAAGGCUGCACAAAUGGGUCGGGGGUAUAAUGGCUUAUUGGGCAAUGGCCUGCUCUAUUACAUAUGUGGCCGAAACGCCUAUAAGUGGCUCCCUCAUGGGUGGUUCGGAAGCUGUUACAAGAGAUUCCUCGCCCCUCUCUUGCGGGUCCUGGCCCAAGCCCCGUAUGGCUGCCCCAGACAGCGCCGGUCUCUGUACGCCACCCCAGAGCCCAUUGGCGAGGGAGACAGACUUGGUAUGAUCCUCCUCCCAUCCUAUGGGGUGGGACGACUGGCCCAACUCUACCGGAGGCUCUCUGUAUUCCUCACCCAGUUUGCCAAGGACACCCUGGCCCUAGAAAAAAGCAUAAGCUCUGAGCUUUAUCAGCUCCGACUGCCUGAAAAACCGCCAGGCCCUGGAUUAUGUUCUGGCUUCACAGGGCGAGGUGUGUGCCCUUAUUGGAAAUGAAUGCUGUACAUAUGUCCCAGAAAUUGCGGAGGACAUUAAUAAGCAUAUUUUAUCUGCGGAGCAGGCCUUCAACCAAUGGAAGGCCCAAGAACAGGCCCCCACCAUUUUUGAUUCCCUUUUUAGCUGGUUGCCUAAUAUCGAAGGACUCGGCGGCCAAGUUGUGCGCCUCCUACUCACAGGGGCAAUAUUAUGUUUUUUCAUUUUCUUACUUUUUGUUUGCUGUAAAGCCAGCACUAACAGGUUUUGUGCCUCGCCUCCCCCCAGAGUCCCUAGCCAUGUAAUUGCUGGGGCAGCCCUUCCUCUGGAACUGAACACAUUUCUCUCCAAAGACUAUGAGAAAACUCAAGCUGGUGCCUUUUGAGUGUUCUCAAAGGAGGCAGAUGUUGGUGUCACUAGGCAUCACCCUAGGUAACUCGGGGGGUGGAAGACCACGAGUGUCAAUGAAGCCCUCCUGCUCUAGGCCAAAGUGAACCAAAGCUCCUCCAUGUUGAACUCUAACCGACCUAAAAUGCCAGCAGCUGAAAAGCAGGAUGUGUAACAGUCAGCUAUCAGUUGCAACACAGAAGGAUAAAGAAAUGGAAGCUCUGGGAGCGCCAGAGUAGCAGAAUCCCACCCCCACCCUGCUCAGAGCAGCCAGGAGGCUUCAGGGGGUGGGGAGA